CAUAACCUUUCCAGAUAACUUUUGUAAAUAAAGCAUCAUAUUAUAAUUUUUAUUUUAAAUAUGAUAUCUACGAUAUCCGUUUUAAGUAGAAUAAAAUAUAUUGUACCUGAACUUCAACGUAUAUUACCCAAUAUAACUUUUUACGAAGUAAACGAUGUAGAAACAGACAAGAAGUUCAGAGAUUCCCAAGUAAUAAUUGCGGAUUUUGAUUUAAUAGCACCUUAUAUUUAUGAUUUAUCACAAACAAAGUGGGUCCAAGGAACAUGGGCGGGAGUGGAAAAAUUGAUGGAAAAAGUUGACAAAUCGAAACCUCCCCCGUUUCCAAUAUCUCGGUUUACUGGUGAUCACUUUGGAAAACUAAUGAGCGAAUAUGUCGUGUCAAAUAUUGUAAAUUUCGAGAGACGAGCUUUCAAAAUAAGAGAAAAUCAGAUGUUGAAACAGUGGGAUCGGGAUAAUGAUAUUCAUAAUUAUAGAGCUAUUUAUGAUUUGACUAUAGGGAUCUUGGGAUUAGGUAGUAUUGGGUCUAGAGUUGCUAAAACAUUGAAUAACAUGGGAGCAGUGGUAUAUGCAUAUGGUAGAAGAGAUUCUAUCGAUUUAGAUGAAUUUGAAUAUGUAUCGAAAUACUUCAAUAGUGAUCAUUUAUCGGAAAUUUUGAAAAGUUGCGAUUACAUUGUUAAUAUUUUACCCAAUACUCCACUCACAAAGGGAUUACUGAAUGAAGGUGUUUUAGAAAACUGUAAAAAUAAGCAGAGCGUUUUUAUAAAUGUUGGUAGAGGUUCUAUUAUCUCUGAAGAAUGUUUGUUGACUGCUUUGAAAAAUAAAUGGAUAUCUGGAGCAAUAUUGGAUGUUUUCGAAGAGGAACCUCUAAGAAAAGACAGUGAACUUUGGAAAACUCCUAACGUAAUUAUAACACCUCACGUGGCAGCAACUAGCAGAGCGAAAGAUAUAGCAGAAGUAGUUAAGGUUAAUCUACAGUAUUAUGAAGCGAAUUUGAAAAUUCCAGCUACCAUUGAUUUCAUCAAAGGGAUUCUCAAAAUACUUCACCUUAAUAAUAAACUGUGAAAGCAAAGGGGAAGUACCAUACAAGCAGAAAUGACAUUAAAUGGUAUACGGACGGAUUAAAAACAGCAAAAGGAACUGGAUUAGAAGUGUACGUAACCAGAACCGAACACUCUGAAAGUCUGGACAGAACAUUAAGUAUUUUUCAAGCAGAAAUUAAUGCAAUUGAAAAAUGUGUCCAAUUUAAUUUAAAAAGGGUCUAUCGCAACCAGGAGAUCAUAAUCCUGUUCGUUAGUCAAGCUUCCAUUAGAUCUCCAAGCUCUAAUAUCAUAAAAUCAAAACCCUGUGAAGGGAAAUUGAGGAGAAGAUUAGCUCGCUAAAGCUGGGGCAGACAAGCCCUUCAUGAGGUAUUAGCUACAGAACAAUGGAAAAAGCACUGGGAAAGAAGAAGGUAGAUGGGAGCAAAACCAAUUACCUAUACCUAUAUAAACCUAUACGAGUUGAGACAGGCAAAGACUCUUCUGGGAAACUAUAUCCAGAGAAAAUCUGCUGAAUGUAUCAACCUAAGCUAGAACAAUCUACGAAUAUCAACAGGAGUCCUACCUGAGCAGAUAAUGCUGCACGAAGGACGACAUCUCUAUCCCUAUUCUCUCUAAGUGUGAAACACUAAAGAACUCCAUGGCACUACACCUGGGUGCGAAUGGAAUAGAAGACGAAGAUCUUAAUUAAAGCCAUACCACAUUCUAGACUUUUUAAAAGGAGUGGAAUUAACGGAUCAGCUGUAAAGUCUGGGUUCUCCAGUAUCGCAGCAAGAAAGGUGGACACAAUAAAUCCUUUGGGUCGCAAUGUAUAUGAGACACCAAACCUAUUCAUACAUCAAAAUAUCAAGCAAAUAAUCUGUCUUAUAACAAGAUAAUAAAAGAAUUUUAGUAUUCAAAUGCAUUAUUUUUAUCAAAAAAUCAAUAGAUAAAAUGAAAAUUUUGGUAAGGUUAGGUUAGGUUUCGUUAGGUUAGGUUAGGUUGUGUUAGAGACUGAAUUGAAGUUAAAUAAAAAUGAUUUCAUUCAAUCAAAUAUUUCAAUUGGACUUAAAUCUAUAAACUUUUUUGUUUUCUUCUAUUGAUGAAAUGGACGGGUCUAAUGCUAUCAGAGGUCUCCAGCAGGCCUCAAUUCAAGAUAUGAACAAAUCCCUCUUUUUUUUUCUCCAGGAAGCAUAAUUCAUGCAGAUGGCUGGCUAGCCUAUUGAUGCCUCAGCAAUGAAGGCUACACUCAUGAGUGAGUCAAUCACAAUUAAAGAUUUGUUUCUGAUUUAUACUCAAAUAAUUUGAGUAAUUUGAGGCCAGCUGGAAAGCAUUCUUCCGCGAUAGGCAUGUACCUUAAGAAGAUUGAAAGGAUAAAAUCAUAGAUUAUCCAUGGCGACGAGAAUGUCGUAAAACUGUACCAAAAAUAGACCCAUUCGUUUCAUUAAUAGAAGAAAUCAAAAAAGGUUUUUCAAAUGUAAAAUUAAAAGUCCAAUUGAAAUAUUUGAUUGAAGAAAAUCAUUUUUGUUUCAGUCUCUGACACAUCCUAACCUAACCUAUCCUAAUCUAACCUAACCUUACAAAAAUUUGAAUUUUAUCUAUUGAUUUUUUGAUAAAAAUAAUGCAUUUGCAUACUUUUUUCACAUAAACUCUUUUACGCAUGCGUCAAACAUCAUGACUUGUCACUCACAGAUCGAUCUUGAUGAGAUCUAUCGAAAAAAGUUAUCUAUGGUUCGAAAUAUGUCAGUAAUAGCCACUUCCGGUAUCUCCGGAAGUGAAUGUUUCCGCAUAAAAUAGAUAUGAUAAAUCGAUUACUCUUAAUAUCAAUAGUCUAUGUAUCGAGUUUCAACAGGAUCGUCGUGGGGUGUCAAAAAUACUAUUAAAUAAUUUAACCCCCUAAAAAUGUUACAAAAAUAAGAAAAACCGAUGCUCGUGGCAGAAAAUUGAACGUUUUUGAUUAAAUCAUAGAGUAAAUAGCUUUAUUCCAAUUUGUACCAUCUAAUAAUGUAAAAUUUUCUAUUAGAACUAUUAAUUCAAUUAAAAAAAAAUCAUACAAAUAUUAUUGUAAUGAAAAAACCCUUUUACCACCUGAAAAUUUUUAUUUGCUCCCCUAGGAAUAAAUAGAAAAAUAAGAUUUACUUGAAAAAGGGAUAUUUCUAUUAGUAAAGUCAAAAUAUAUAACCUGGCAUCAAUCAGAUUUUUGUUAUUUGUGACAAAAUUGCGAAAUUGGUUCACGUGUUUAGA